CUGGUGGGGAGGGCCAGGGUCUGUGCAAGGCCCAGCCCGAGGGGCCGCAGCGUGGCCAGCCAGCUGCCUCCAUCGUGGCUGUGUUUGUGCCCCACGGCCACGGGGCUGGUCGGCGCUGGGGCCCUGCCCCUGCCUGUCUGGCCUGCCCAGCCCCUGCGCUCUGGUGCCUGAGCUGUGGCGCACCAGAGCUGCUGUGGGGCCCCCGUGGCAGGCCGGGGUUUCCACAGGAAGCGUGAGUCACGGGUGUGCGGCGGUUCCUGCUUUGCAGUGACAGCGCCGGGCUCGAGGCAGUGACGCAGGUGGCUCGGCUGCGCUGCUGGGGCUGCUCCCAUCCCUCCAGCUGCGGCGCGGCGCGGCGCCUUCCUAGCCACGAGGGCGCGGGCAGCGCAGGAGGCCACGGGCAUGAUCCUGGCGGUGCUGCUGCUCUGCGGCCUCGGCCAGCUGGGCACGGCCGCCCCCGGCUCACAAGGUGUGAAGUGCGUGGUCUUCAAUGACGAGUACAUGACCUGCAUGUGGGGCAACCAGGAGGACCAGCCGGCUGCCAACUACUCGCUCUACUACUGGUACCAGCAUCAGCCGGCAGUGACGGAGUGCCAGCGUUACCUGCAGCACAACGGCAUCAACACGGGCUGCUGGUUCAGCCACAGCGAGAUCAAGCUGUUCCAGACCUUCCGGGUCCACGUCAAUGCGAGCCACGGCAGCAGGACCCAAGUCAUCCCCACCUACGACAUGAAGCUCCAGGACCUUGUGAAGCCCGACCCGCCAGUGAACCUCACGCUCCAGAACAUGAGCAACCAUCAGCUGCAGCUGAGCUGGCACACGCCGUACCCCCGUCAACAGUGUGUGGAGCAUGCUGUGCGCUACAGGAGCAACAAGGACACGGACUGGACGGUGCACGGGGUGAACGGUCAGCUGUUCUCCUUCCCCAGCGUGGAUGAGGAGAAGAAAUACACCUUCCAGGUGCGCAGCAAGAUCAACCAGUACUGCGGCUCCACGCAGCUCUGGAGCGAGUGGAGCGUCCCCGUGUACUGGGGCAACACAAUGGCCCACAACUCCACCGGGGAGCCACUGCCCCGGUACUGGGUGCGGACAGUCCUGAUCCCAGUGGUCUCCGGCGUGGUGCUGCUGGUCCUCGUUGUGAUGCUGGUCCGCAUGGAGAGAGUGUGGGUCGUCUUCAUGCCCCAGGUGCCCAACCCCAGUAAGACCUUCGACGAGCUCUUCAACACCCACAAGGGCAACUUCCAGGAGUGGGCCGGUGUCCCCAAGGACAUGGUGGAGAGCUUCACACCCAACUACAGUGAGAGCAUCUGCCACGUCAGCGAGCUGCUCCCCAAGGAGGGCCAGGAGCCCGUUACUGACAGCUGGGCCCCCCUAGGCCCCAGAUCUGGGCCCCUUCCUUUAAAGAAGGACAUUGGGGGCCUGUGAAGGCACCAGCAGGCUUCCCCCAACCCCCUGCCCAGCUCCCAACACCCCCAUCCCAUGUCCUGCCCCAAGCCAGUGCUCAACACCUUGUGGCCUCGGACCCCCAUGCCCUGCCCUCAGCCCAGACCCCCCCCCCAAUGUGCCAUCUCCGGACACCCCGUGCCUGUGCCCUGCCCCCCCCACCCCAGUGCCGCCAGCAGCACCUGGCGCCCUGCCUAUGCGCCCCACACCUUCCCAUGCCCACACACCAGGGGACAGGGCCCCACCGCAGGCUCGUCCCGGCCCCUGCCCCAACACCCGCGGCUUUCCAGGGAAUAAAAGGAGUUACUUUGGGA